AUAUCGUGACGAUGCCUGAACCAGCGAAGCCUGCGCCCAAGAAGGGCUCCAAGAAAGCGGUGGCGAAGGCCCCCGGUAAGGCCGGAAAGAAGAGGAGAAAGUCCAGGAAGGAGAGCUACGCCAUCUACGUGUACAAGGUGCUGAAGCAGGUCCACCCCGACACUGGGAUCUCCUCCAAGGCCAUGGGCAUCAUGAACUGCUUCGUGAGCGACAUCUUCGAGCGCAUCGCCGGUGAGGCCUCUCGUCUGGCUCAUUACAACAAGCGCUCCACCAUCACCUCCAGGGAGAUUCAGACCGCCGUCCGCCUGCUGCUGCCCGGGGAGCUGGCUAAACACGCCGUGUCUGAGGGCACCAAGGCCGUGACCAAGUACACCAGCUCCAAGUAAACGACUCUAAGGAGACAUCAAAGCAACGGCUCUUUUAAGAGCCACACACUUUCUCUAUGGAGACAAACUGUCCUGACUCUAACGACAUGUCCAUCAAUAGUUAAAUAUCCACUUUUAAAUAAUACUGUAACUGUGGUUAAUUGGAUCAUGGUUGAAUUUAAUAAUUUGGGUUCAUAAUGAAUUAGUUUUAUCGUCCCACUUAUUCAUGCUCUGAAUCAUUUAAGAAAUAUGUUACAGAUAUAAAUGACCAGGAUCAGUUCUGUUGGAAAUAAAGUGUGCAAAUAUCUGAAUAUAUAUUUAUAGUCUCUAUAAGGAAAAUUGCCUUAAACUAUAGGGCAAAUCAUUUCCACACAUUCCCGUAAUACACCAAGUAAAGUCCAGUGAUCUGAAUACUGCUGGAAUUUUGUAUCAAGCUGGAAGGAAAUGUUUGAGAUACAAGAUGGAUCUGGAUGGUUUAGCAAUUUUGUCAACUUCCCUAAAGGCGAUU